GAACAGAACGUAUAAAUAGACCCGCUCUGUCCAGACUGCAGCGAGUGACGCUGGUGAGUGACACAAGGACCGAGCUCGGUUCGGAAACACUCACACAUACUAGCAAUUACAAGCAGGCACACUUUGACCAAGACUGGCGAUACAGGACUAAAAACCGAACGUGAGAAGCUUUCUAGAAAGAGUUUGAGUCCUAAAGACAGACGCAUUGUCGAAGAUUAAGGAGCAUUGUGAUAAAUUCGCCUAAAACUCUAUUUUACUUGCAGAAGAUGUGCCCCGUUGUUUGCUUGCUGCUUUUGUGCGUCUUCCAUCCAGCGUUCUCCACUUGGUUUGAAUCCGAGGAUGUUGUACCUGUUCGGAUAAACGGAAGAGUCAGCGGUCGCUUUUGGAAAAGAAGUGAGGACCAGGCGAGAAUCAUCCUCAGCGCAUUCGGGAAAGAGUUGACACUAAAUCUUAUCCCCGACACCAGUUUCAUUUCACCUUAUUUUACCAUACAGCGCCUGAGAGCCAAAGACCUCGGGCUUUUACGCAGCGCCUCAGGUGCGCAACCGUCUCUGGGUGAGGAGCUCCACAAUUUAAUCAACCAGACGAAUGAGAGUGGAGGAGAGCUGAGAAGUUGCUUUUAUUCAGGGAACGUUGAUCAAGAUCAACACUCGCUUGUGGCGCUCAGUUUAUGCUCCGGCGUCUAUGGCUCCUUCAUAACAGAGGGAACAGAGUACCUAAUUGAACCCAAAUUUCGAGGAGGCUUUGGGUCACUCGCUGAACAGCUGCAUCUGAUCAAGAGGAGGACAUUGUCCAAAAGCCACGGUGUCCCUUUCCUAUUCGAUCGCGCGGUCGAAGCGAGUGGGCCGGAGAAACGCAAGUUGGAAAGUUUUACGCGUGAUGGCAGUGACACACCGAGGGAACCUCGACGGAGACGCUUCGUUUCCGCGCCACGGUUCAUAGAGACCCUGGCAGUGGCAGAUUCAAGCAUGGCCCACUUUUAUGGGGAUGAAAUAAAGCACUAUAUUUUGACCUUGAUGUCAAUGGCUGCCCAGCUGUACAAGCACCCCAGCAUAAAGAAUUCCGUGAACUUAGUGGUAGUGAAGUUGCUGGUGGUAGAGGAUGAAGAGGUCGGUCCAGAGGUCUCCAGCAAUGGAGGGGUGGCUCUCAGGAACUUUUGCUCCUGGCAGCAGCUCUUCAACACACCAAGUCAGCGUCAUCCAGAGCACUACGACACUGCCAUGCUUUUCACCAGAGAGGACAUUUGUGGACAAAAGACCUGUGAUACUUUGGGUGUUGCCGAUGUCGGGACAAUGUGUGAUCCCAAGAGAAGCUGCUCUGUUAUAGAGGACAAUGGUCUGCAAGCUGCUUUCACUGCUGCACAUGAACUUGGUCACGUUCUUAGCAUGCCCCACGAUGACUCCAAAACCUGUGAGAGACUGUUUGGGGAUCUUGGAGGACAUUACUUGAUGGCCCCAUUGUUUGUUAGCCUCAACAAAACCAUGCCUUGGUCUCCCUGUAGUGCUCUCUACAUCACAGAGUUCUUUGACAAUGGUCAUGACUGCCUGCUGGAUUUUCCAGAAAGCAGUUUACCAUUGCCGAAGGAGCUGCCAGGCAUCAAAUACAACCUAGAUCAUCAGUGCCAACAGAUUUUUGGAGAGGAAUUCUACCAUUGUCCCAACACAACAGACAGUGAUAUUUGCAGCCAGCUCUGGUGCCAAGAGGAUGGAACAUCGCAGUGCUCCACAAAGAAUGGCAGCCUGCCCUGGGCUGACGGAACCCCUUGUAGUCUCAACAGGACAUGCCUUCAUGGAGUGUGCAUGCCGACAAAGGAGGUGCUGGAGCCACUGGUGGUUGUAGAUGGUGGCUGGAGCACAUGGGGACCAUGGCAACAAUGUUCCAGGACAUGUGGAGGUGGAGUAGAGUUCUCUUAUAGGGAGUGUACGAACCCUGAGCCUCAGAAUGGGGGAAACUAUUGUGAAGGACAGAGGGUUCAGUACCAGUCCUGCAACACACAGCCUUGUGACAACAAUGGCAAAAGUUAUCGAGAGGAGCAGUGUGAGAAGUACAAUAGCCCAAACUACCUGGAUUACAACGGCAACAUAAAACAUUGGAUACCAAAGUAUGCUGGUGUGUCUCCUCGGGACAGAUGCAAACUGUUCUGCCGGGCCAGGGGAAGCAGUGAAUUUAAGGUGUUUGAGUCCAAGGUAAUUGAUGGAACACCCUGUGGUCCUGACACCACAUCUGUGUGCGUCCAAGGCCAGUGUGUAAAGGCAGGCUGCGAUCAAGUGAUUGGAUCCAAUAAGAGAGUGGAUAAGUGUGGAGUGUGUGGAGGAAAUGGGCUUACCUGCAGGAAGAUCACUGGGUCCUACAACAAGGCAAUCUAUGGAUACAGCGACAUUGUCACAAUCCCUGUCGGUGCAACCAAUAUUGAUAUCAAACAGCGGAGCCACAGAGGAAUCAAACACGACGGGAAUUACCUGGCUAUAAUGAGAGAGAGCGGAAGUUACAUCCUCAAUGGAAACUUCUCAGUAUCGACGAUGGAACAAGACAUUCCUGUACUUGGUGCUGUGUUGAAAUACAGCGGUUCCUCCACCACGUUGGAGAGGAUCCAGAGUUUCAUGCGGCUCAAAGAGGCCAUCAUUAUUCAGCUUCUGGCUACAGCGGGCGAUAGCAGUCCUCCAAAAGUGAAAUAUUCCUUUUUCAUCCCCAGAGAUGUUGCUCUUAAAUCAAAAGAGAAGACGGGCUCUUCGACAUCUUUGCAUGUGAUUCAUCCUUUCAGUGCACCAGACUGGGUUUUAGGAGAGUGGUCUGAGUGCUCAAAGAGCUGCGGUUCAGGGUGGUCCAGGAGGAAUGUGGAGUGCAGAGACAGUGCAGGCUUUCUCUCAAGCCUUUGCGAUAAAGACCUGAAGCCAAUGGACAUCAGGGCCUGCGGGGACCAGCCCUGUCCCAUCUGGCAGAUGGGACCUUGGUCGGCCUGCUCACGAACUUGCGGUCAGGGUGAGCGGCGUCGCAGCAUCUUCUGUAUAGACUACACUGGGAAGACUGUUGAACCAGAAAAGUGUGACCCUAAUAAAAAACCCGCGCCUGUCUCUGGAGAAUGUUUUAACCUUGAGUGCUUAUGAAAGAACAUAAGCAAACUGAACAAUUCCCUUUUUGAUCUGACGGCACUUAUCAACAGAUUGCAUCACAUCACAGUAAGUGCAUUUGCCUGAGUAUGGUUUUGCCGUCUUAUUUUGGGACUGUUGACAACCACUGAUGGAGAUUUCAACCACUGUUGAAAGUAACCAAUGGAAAACUACCUCGGAAAUGUAAUGAGAAGCCAUUUAGAGAUGCUAGAUCAAGGUGCUGUGUUGUAUUUUCUCCACUUUCAAGUGACAACUAAUUUAUUGGAGUAACAUUCAGUCUAUCUUACAGAAUAUAUUUGGAAAUUAGCUCUCAUUUAUUGUGGGGCUAAGAAAGUGGCAUGAAGCCUACUAUUGUUCAGCAUGGUGUAAAUAUACUGUACUUUCAUCUGACAUCUGCAGAACUCAGUGCCCUUAGCUGCUUCAAUUCAAUGUUUUUUCCCCAGUUGCUGAGGUAGAUGAGGUUAGUGAGUUGUUGUUUUAAGCUUUCUCUGUGUGUGAUCCUGUUUCACUGCUCCUUAUUUCUACACACAGCAAAUUGAUUUAUGUUAAAGAUCGUAAAUGUGAUUUUGUGUUUGUGUGAGAGAGAGACUUUUAUCGACUCUAAAAUAGGGCAAUAAAUAAAUGUUGUACUGCUUUUGUCAAAACAAAUUCCUUACAAUACCAAACUCCAUUUGUAGUAAGAAUUUAAGUUUACACAUUGUGUAAAAUAUUUCACAUAAAUAAAUAACCCAGGACAGAGAAUUACCAUGUCCUACAUUUUGGUUUCUGCUUUAUGUUACAGUUGAAGGUAUCAGGUUUACCAUCUGUCUUCAGUACAAGAUGUUCAUAUUUGGGUACUUACCCCUAAUCUAAGGUGCAUUUCAUGUUAAGUACUUGUGAUGGUCAAUUUUCAUGUUUGCGUUCCUUAACAAUAUCACCCAUCAUAUUUAAACACUUUUUAAAAAGCUUUUGUAUGUAUUAUUUUAUUCUUCAUUCCUGUUAAUUUACAGCAUGUAAUGAGAGAAAUCAGAGGGACCAUUAGGCCUAUAUCCCUUCAAUGAAGGACCAUACCAUUUUACAAUUAAAGCUUCCUUUUAAGCUAUUUAUUUUUUACCUGGUAUAUGUAAUGAACCUGGCAGAUGCUACUGUCUCAGAAAUGGUUUUGUUUGUAAAAAUUGACAAAUAAACACAUCUACGUCAAUAA